AUGUGCUGUUGCCUGAACGCUGCCAUGGCCAGCGCAGGAACGCUACUGUUCUUGGACGCAUUCGUCGUUUGCUCCUGUGCGAUAUUCGCAUGUGGCCUUGUGGUCACGCCAGGUCAGCCAACAAGUGCACCGAUCGGAUGCCAUCUGCGACGAAUCAGAUUUCUGGUCGAAAAGUUCGACACGAAUGGACGUAAAUGCACAGGUAGCAUAAGCACCGUCGGCUGUUAUGGUUCCUGCGACAGCAGAGAGGUACGAAAUGUCGAAAAACUUCUGCAUAUGAUACGGUUCAUUUUCGCUGCCGUCGUUCAGCUCUUAGAUUUUUUGGAGCUCUUGAGUGAUAACCUCAAGAGGAUCGGAACGUAG